CCCCCUCAGGUGGUUGCUACUAUAAUCCCCAUUUUGUUGAUAGGGACAACUAAGGCAAAGCCAUUUGCUCAAGGUCAUCCUGCAAUUGAGGGACUUGAGCCGGAGUUUGGACCCAAGUGCAUCUAUUUUUACGAGCUGGGUUCUAACCUUGAACUGCCUCAGAUUCAGAAAAUUGACCCUGAGGUGGCUGCCUUCCUGCAGAAGCUGCGGAGCAGGGUGCAGAUCGGUGUGGUGGGCGGCUCCGACUACUCUAAGAUUGCUGAGCAGCUGGGAGAAGGGGAUGAAGUCACUGAGAAGUUUGAUUACGUGUUUGCUGAGAAUGGGACGGUGCAGUAUAAGCAUGGACGCUUGCUUUCCAAGCAGACCAUCCAGAACCACCUGGGAGAGGAACUACUGCAGGACUUGAUCAACUUCUGCCUCCGCUACAUGGCCCUGCUCAGGCUGCCCAAGAAACGCGGGACCUUCAUUGAGUUCCGGAAUGGCAUGCUGAACAUCUCACCUAUUGGCCGGAGCUGCACCCUGGAGGAACGAAUCGAGUUCUCCGAACUGGACAAGAAGGAGAAGAUCCGGGAGAAGUUCGUGGAAGCCCUGAAAACAGAGUUUUCAGGCAAAGGGCUGAGGUUCUCUCGAGGAGGCAUGAUCAGCUUCGACAUCUUCCCUGAGGGCUGGGACAAGCGCUACUGCCUCAACAGCCUGGACCAGGACAGCUUUGACACCAUCCACUUCUUCGGGAAUGAAACCAGCCCCGGUGGGAACGACUUUGAGAUCUAUGCUGACCCCCGGACAGUCGGCCAUAGCGUGAUCUCCCCUCAGGACACGGUGCAACGGUGCCGAGAAAUCUUUUUCCCAGAGACAGCUCAUGAGGCAUGACCGGGGCCCAUACCUGCCCCUCUGGACUUCCAGAGAUCUCCGCCUAGGCCUAAAGAGAGCCCCUGGCCCUUGGUGUUGGGUGGGGUGCCAGGGCCCCUCCUGUGACCCAGGAUGCCUGCCUCAUAUUACCUGCUGCAAGGCCCACCUUGAUGGGGCCAGGGUUUGUGUGGACAGCCAUCCCCCAGCUCCUCGUGGGACUGGCUCCACCCUCUGUGACAGCCCUGGCUACAGCUGCUGCUCGGGCUCCCGAACAGAACAGGUUUCUGUCUACGCAGGGAGGAGGUAUGUGCAAGGGUUGGUAAGAGGUAGAGCCCGCCCUGCUUGCCUGUCCCAGUGCGUGCAGAGCGGUGCGGAAGGUGUGUAUUUGUGAGAACGUUCUCUCGCAGACAUUAAAGUUCCCAGAACAAGAUAA